AUGAAUCCAGUCAACUUUGCCAACCAUGGAGGCCCGAUGCCGAUGGGAGAUAAACCGCCAUUUCCUCACAUCCAGAACCAACCGAAAAAUGAACCUACACACCAGAUGCUACUGAAACAUAUAUUUGCUGCCCUUCAGUCACAGGGCCCAUUUCAAGGCUGGCAACGAGAUGUGCCGAUUCGAGACCGAGGCUCCAAGAUCUUUCAAAUCAUAUCCUCACUGCGCCUGGUUGAAAAUAACCUUCCAAAGAUAUUAACUGCCGCCGUGAACUACGAAGAAAAAGCUUUCAAACAAUCAAGUGACAGGGCUGAGUAUGAAAGAGAGUGCACCAACAAGUUGGGGCAGAUAAGAGAUAGUAGACAGCAACGAGCGGCGAACAUGAUGCAAAGUGGCAUGACGAUGUCACACGGUGGUCCUCAUCCCGGCAUAGCUACUCCUGCACAAAAUAAUGCCCAGCCAAAUGUGUUUCCUGGUCAAAUUCAACAACAGAUGCAAGGUUCUCCGAUGCAGAUUCAACCACCACAACCCCAACAGCCAGGAAUGAGAAUGGGCCUCCCGAAUCAACAAGCGCAGAUGCAUCACCCUGGCUUCCCCCAAAACGGACAACGAGUGAAUCGUGGCGCUUCUCGCGACGAAAUGGGCGGGCUCCAACCCCACGAAUUAGAACACGUCCGCCAGAGAGCAGAUCAGAUGAUGCAACAAGCUCCACCAGCUGUGAUACAGAAGCUUAGAUCAGGCUUUCAAAGUAUGAACCCUGAGCAACAACAGCGGGUGGCUCGGACAGGAGUAGAUCCGGUUCUAUACUUUUUCCGUCUACAAGCCGCAAAGGAACUCAAAAAGAAGACAAAUUCUCGAGAAAUGAUACUGCCUCAGAACCAGGUUCCCGACACUGGCAAUAAUGCGAUCGCCAAUCAGUCGAUGAGCCCGCACCAGAGACAAAUACCUCAGUCACUUAUGGGCCUCCAAGGCAAUUCUACGAUUCCUGUGAGCGGACAUCAAAACCUUGACAAUGCAUACGUAGGAAGUAUUGAUCAUAUACAAGGACAGCAGGCAGAUGGGGUCCGCUCACAAGAUGCAGGUCAACUUGUUGUUCCAGCCAGCGUUCCCCAGAUGGGGGUCCAACCACAUUUUAAUAAUUCGCAGCUUGGUAUGUUUCCAGACGGGCAGCAAAAUACUAAUAGAGGAAAUAUCACACCUAUGAUUCUCGCGCAGCAACAUCAACAACGGCAGAACAUGCAUAAUUCCCAACAAGAUACCGGGCCACAUGCUGCACAUUUUCAGGCUCAGGUGCAGGCUCAAGCUCAAGCACAGGCGCAGGUUCAGGCACAUGCCCAGAUUCAGGCCCAGGCACAAGCUCAGGCACAAGCUCAGGCACAAGCUCAGGCGCAAGCUCAGGCGCAAGCUCAGGCGCAAGCUCAGGCACAAGCUCAGGCACAAGCUCAAGCUCAGGCUCAGGCUCAAGCUCAGGCGCAGUCGCAGGCUCAAGCAGUACAGGCACAGGCGCAAGCUCAAGCCCAGGCUCGUAUACAAGCUGCGGCUAAGGCACAAAUGGCAAUGUCAUCGCAAGUGAAUCCUCAAAUUCCACAAUCUUUACCACAACAGAGCCCUGCAAUGUCAGCAAUCAAUCGACCUGGAAGCAUCGGCCAGAUACCCCAGCCUCAAGGCGGUUCCCAGGGCCGACCUCCACCAAGGCCUCCUGGUAUGGGUCAAGACCACCCGGUGGUUCCAAACCCUCAACAUGCUAUUCCACCAGGGCUGCCUCCCAGCCUUCGAAAUCAACUAGCACAAAUGUCGCCAGAACAAGCAGCUCACUUUAUGCAAAGCUAUCAGCGUCGCAUGUUUGCCAGUAACCAAGCAAUGGCUCGCCCAGGACAACAACCUAACGUUCCUGUUCCACAGACCUCACAAGAAGUUAAUCAGCAACCCACUCGCAAUGGACAACUAGCCAACGAGGCAGCAAUGCGAAAUGCAAUGACAAUGUCACCUCAAACAUACGGGCUGGGUGUGCCACUGCCCCAGAAUCAAAAUAUUUCCCGCCAAGCAUUGCAGCAACAGCAGCUGCAACUGCAACAGCGACAACAGGAAAUCAAAAUGCAGUUCGCUCGACAACAACAAGCGAGUGUAGAACUGACAGAAGAUCAAAUCAAAGAGAUGGAUCGUGUUCCGUUUCACCCACUCCUUAUCAAGAGGGAACUCGAAAAACAGAUCAAGAAUUCCAGUCGUCCGGGGUUGUCCUUCCACAGUCCCAACCCUUCAACCUUCAGCAAGGGUUCCAACCUGGACAGCAACAACUUCAGCGUCCUCCAAACCUGCCUAUGCUGCGCCCCAUUACUGCGAACGAAGUUCAGGUUGCUCGACAAAGGCUAG